CAAGAGUCCCCGUCCUCUCUAGCAGCAGUGGGAGGGAACAGAAAGGCUCUGUUGUUUUUCUCGGCUUCCUUCUCGUUCUCCCUCUCCCUCUCUGCCUGUCGCCAGCUGCUGACCACGGCAGAUGGCCCUCAGGGAAACCUGGUGGAAUUCAGCAGCCUGCCCCCUGCCCCAGGGAAUCUGUCUUUAACUGAUGAUUUCUCUUAAUAGAAAAAAAGGAGGAGGAAAAGAAGAAGAAACAGAAACUUCUCCCUGGAAAGCCAGGCUUUAGCCAGGGCCUGGAGAGCACAGCCUGGACCUGGAUACCCUCCCGAAGGCUACAGGGGUCUGCGUAAUCGAAGGGCGGACAGGAUGGGGCUGAGAGGGGAAAGCUGAGCUGUAUCUGGCCACCCCCCUCUCUCUCCCACUGCCCGACGGCGGGGGGCGUGAAUCCCGAAACUGCUGGGACCCAGCCUGGACACCCAUCGGUCUGAAGCCCGUCUGCCCAGGUGUUGACAGCUGCAAGAGGCGACUGAAGCUGAGCAGGAGAGCAUCUUUCUCUGGACGGGGAGUCCCCUGGAAACUCCUGAGCCGAGUCCCUCCGGUUUAAGCCAUGGAGAACUCUCAGCCUGGCCAACCAUCCCCUGAUGAGAUCAGAACUCCAGAAGUAGAUAUCCCUGAAAAUAAAGAGGUCCUGUCAGAGUCAGAAUUGGACCCUAAGGACAAAGAUGUUCAAGAUACUAAGGGAACAGAUGAAGGGCAAGAAGACCAAGUCUCACUGCUCACCGAAGAUAAGGACAACCUGGAAUCACCGCCUCCAGAAGAUGGUCCACAACAACCAGAGCCAGUUCUAGGGACCCAGCCUUCAGCAGAGGCAGUGAAGGUGGAGCCCAACCCUCAGGAGCUUCCCCAGUCUCCUUCAAACCAUCAGCAUGAGACUGACUUCUACUGUGUGAAGUGGAUUCCCUGGAAGGGGGAAAGAACACCCAUUAUCACUCAAAGCACCAAUGGGCCUUGUCCACUUCUUGCCAUCAUGAACAUCCUUUUUCUUCAGUGGAAGGUAAAGCUGGCCCCUCAAAAGGAAAUGAUCACUUCAGAUGAGCUAAUGGCACACCUCGGAGACUGCCUACUAUCCAUCAAGCCACAAGAGAAGUCAGAAGCACUACAGCUAAACUUUCAACAGAAUGUGGACGAUGCCAUGACAGUACUACCCAAACUGGCCACGGGUCUGGAUGUCAACGUGCGCUUCACAGGCGUCUCUGAUUUCGAAUAUACGCCCGAGUGCAGUGUCUUUGAUCUCCUCGGAAUUCCCCUCUACCACGGCUGGCUGGUGGAUCCCCAGAGUCCUGAGGCUGUGAGCGCAGUUGGUAAACUGAGCUAUAACCAGCUGGUGGAGAAGAUCAUCACCUGUAAGCAUUCCAGUGAUACCAACCUUGUGACAGAAGGCCUAAUCGCAGAGCAGUUCCUGGAAGUGACGGCAGCACAGCUGACGUACCACGGGCUGUGUGAGCUGACCGCGGCCGCCAAGGAAGGAGAGCUCAGCGUCUUUUUCCGAAACAAUCACUUUAGCACUAUGAUCAAACAUAAGAGUCAUCUCUACCUGCUGGUCACUGACCAGGGCUUUCUGCAGGAAGAACAGGUGGUUUGGGAGAGCCUGCACAACGUGGACGGAGACAGCUGCUUCUGCGACUCGGACUUCCACCUGAGCCACGCUCUGGGCAAGGAGGCCGGGGCUGGCAAUGGGGCUCAGUCUCAGGAGACGCAACGGCAGGUGGAUCAGGAUUAUAUGAUUGCCCUGUCUCUCCAGCAACAACAACAACAAGCCACCUUGGGUCUCAGUGAUCUAGAACUGGCCCGGCAGCUGCAACAGGAGGAAUACCAGCAACAGCAGGCCCAGCCUAUGCCACCCCGUGCCCCUUCCCCACAGGAGAGAGGAGCCUCAUCUGGACGUCCAGCUGGAGAACGUAGGCAGCGGUCAAAGCAGGAGUCAGACUGUGUCCUUCUAUAGCUGUAUCCCAAGCCAAGCUGCUGUGCCUAGUCUGACGUGCCCCAUUUCUUUGAGAGGUUCCUCCUUAUGGCUCCUCCAUUUGCUUGCCUGUUUACCCUAGCCUUCUGGGUUUUCUUAGUCGCGGGGUACUAGGGAGCAGGGAGCAAUUGCCACGGCAAGAGCUGAUCAAGUCCAAGGGGCUGUUCUCAGUGUUGUCCAAGGGUUGUGCCUCCUAUAUCUCACACCCACCUGCUGCUGUCCCCUGAUCCUUCUCCCCAAUUACACAGGGAAGCAUCAAGAUGAGGGGCAGGGUUCAUGCUGCCCCGUCUUCUGCUCCAUAACACAAAGACACUAAUGCACAGACUCAGGCUCCUGGGUGAAAUGGCUUAGUCUAGAGUAUCCCUUUCUCCCCAUCUCCAGUUUGCUGGACUUCUCUUGGCUGUGCCCAGAGUAUGCUUCUCAUUUUGGUUUCAGGGUUUUGUUUGGGUUUCUACCUGGCAUUUGUACCUUCUUAGAAGUUUGAAAAUAAAACUUCUUUCCUGA